AUGCCUCCACACAGCAAGAAACCCCUCGUCCUCCUUGCCGCGGCCCUCGCCGCCCCCCUCCCGCCGCGAGCUCGGUCGGCGAUGAUCGUCCCCCUCAUCCCGCCCCCCUACGACGAGCAGUUCUCCGGAGAUGCCACGUACUACGGGGUCACCCCCGACGGGGACGGCAACUGCGCGAUCCGAUCCCCGCUCCCUGAGAUGUACGACGGGAUGAUCCCGGUCGCCCUGAACGACGAGCAGUACGCGGACUCGUACAUGUGCGGCGCGUGCAUCGAGGGGGAGGGCUCCGGGGAGGGGGAGGGCGGGGACCCCGUGGAAGGGGCGUUCAAGGCGUACGUGACAGACAGGUGCCCAGAGUGCUUAUUCGGCGAUCUGGACUUUGCCGCGGACGGAGACGGUCGGUGGGACAUCUCGUGGCACUUCGUCCCCUGCGAGGGUAGCUCUGACCAGACGUUCCUCUUUGAGGGCAGCAACGAGUUCUACUGGAAGAUCCAGCCCCGCGGAGGGCGUUCGCCUGUGGAGAGGCUCUGGAUCAACGGUGACGAAGCCGAACGCUCGGAGGAUAACUUUUUCAUUCUCGAGGGAGGCCCGUUCGACGGAGAGCAAGAGGUGCACACCAAGACUGUGCUCAACAAGCGGAGAAGGCAGAGGGUCGCCAUGGCGUAGAUAUAUCUCACCACCGAGACUGCUUUGCGGAAGAGGAGGGGAAAAGCUCGCGAGCAAGGCUGCCUGGAACAGGAGGAGGAAGCAGAGCGUUGCUGCUAUGGAGUACCCCUGAGAAAGGGAGACAGCAGAUCGUUGCUGCCAUGGUGCAGCUCACAGCCAGACCGUCUUGUGACAGUAGGAGGAAGCGGAGCGUUGGUGCCACGAUGUAGCUCACGCCAAUACUGCGGAGGGAGAGGGAAAAGCAAAGCGUGGCCAUGGUGAUCCUCGCAGCAAUAACGUCCUGAAGAGGGUCAGGAAGCAAUAGUGUUGCUGCCUUGGAGUAGAUCGUAGCAAGACUCAAGUACCUCUUUCCUUUCUUGGCUAGGGUCGCCUUUAACAGUUGUGCCGGGCACUGCUGCUGUCUCGAUUCCACGUUUUUGUCGAACUUUCCGAUCCCUUGCGAUACGUCGUGCAGUUUUACUUGUAUAUUUUUAUCGUGCUGUUUUACGUCAUAUUGUCGUGGGUCGUCGUGGAAUCGUAACGGUGCCCCGUCAUAGCCUUAGUCUUAUCCAUUCUUUGAUUAUUUUAUCACCUUCUUGGCCUGCACUGCAGCAGGGACUCAGAGGGAGGACACGAACAUCAUUUCCGGGCCCGGUUCCAAUUUGCUUUCGUCGCCACUGUCGAGCACAGGCUAUUUAGACUAUAUUGAGUUGGCGUGGGGUCCUCUUGAUUCACCGUCUCUUUUUGUUGUGAACAAGAUAUCUGUUGUUUAGCCUUUUUUUGAUUGUUUUUUUACUUGCCCGUUUAGCCUGUAUAUCUGUGCGUCUAGUAGUAGUUGCUGGGCGUAUCCUCGUUGUUUCACUCACAACUAUUCGACCCUUCACCAUUGGGCAACGCUAUGGACAUUUUUUUUUUUUCCGUCCGAAGGGCGUGUGCUUCGGAAGUGGUGACAUCACCGACCCGCAUCUUCGUUGUACACAUUUGUACGUAAAUCGCGUCCUUGAGUCUUUGACGAUGGGGGCAUGGGGCAGAUAAAUAAACACAAUGAGCUACUUUCAUAUCUUGAGGUACUCCGUGUUGGGCCUCGGCGUUCCCUCCCCCCCUCCGAUGACGCCGACGCCGGGCUUCGUACUGCCGUUCCUCGUGUGUUGUACUGGCUAGGCGGCGGGUCGGGCCGUUCACCGCCGACCAUUCGACUAGAGCGAGCUAACCACUUUUGGUCUGCUUCGUGUCAUAGACCACCGAAAACAACGCCUCCACGGUUUUCGGGGCGGGGGGGGGGGUUGUCCGUGUUGUGCCCGUGGGGAAGUAUUCCUGGGAGAUUUUUUCAUGUUUUCGGGGAAAGGAUCGAGCAACUGCUGGAACAUGUAGGUGUAACUUGCCAUUUUUGGGUCAAUGGCGGUAAAUGGGAGAUAGAUGUCGGGAGUUUUGACCCUUGAUGAAUGUCUCUUGUUCGUGUCGCAAGUAAGUGUUGGAACUGCUUUCGUACGGCAACGUUAUAGCUGGCCUCUUCGUGCUCUCGGAGCGUUCUUGUCUACAUCGACACGUGUCGUCACAGAAGAUGUCGCGAAUCGGCAAAACGACCAUC